GUUCUCUCCGUCCCAUAUCUUGCUUCAAAUGCGAUGCAUAGGCCUGUAGAUUCGAAUUUAUAUAUACAGGGUAGGGUGGUGAUGGAAUUCCUUUGCUGAAACCCACUGACAGUAAACAACAAAAAUAAAUAAAUAAUAUAAAAAAUGUGAAAAGCCUAACCUUGAUAUUACGUUGCUUGAUUUAAAUAAAUAUUGCGCACAAUAUACAUGUAUAUAAUGACCGUGCUUUAGUCAUAUGGGAAUGCAAUUACUAAAAUACUAUACCAUCUGCUCACUUAAUACUGUUUUAUGCCUCCUUUUGUGGCGAACAUAAAUCCCGUGACUCAUUUCCCACGGCUGGGGAUCCCCCAUUCCCAGGGCUUUACACCAGUACUACAUCCAUUGAUUGACAUGUUUAGGCCAGACUUAUAAUGUACGGCAACCCUUGAUGUCAGACGUGGAGAAUAAAUAUCGUCAAGUUCAGCGGGGGGCACGGCGUCGUGCUUGCUUGCGAGGAAUGCUCUUAAAGUACAGAAGGACCUCCAGGAAAAUUAAUACACGUCACGCCGUUCUUCCUCAACUGUUGGACUUGAUGGUCCCUGGUGCCUGACUGAGCCCCCUGCCACCCCCCACAUCGGGAUUGCAAGCCUCAGUCAGGUCUCAGUUGUCAAAUGACAGAUAAAACCUUUGCUGAACCUGUAGAAUACUCGGGCCAGUUCCCUAUCGAUUCACAAUUCCUCUAAUCGAUCGCACUCGACACGUGUAUCGAGGUACAUGCACUGUACAUGUGCGAAGUACAAAGGACUGUAUAUCACUGGCAUAUGGCGCGCUGCAGCCGUGAUGUUUGUGGUCCAUGCACCGUUAACAUUGCAUCUGUGACAGAAUUUCGACCUGCAUUAUCAGACCUGUACACUCUGGGAAAAACGAGUCACCACAUUCACAGAGUGGCCUGCGACCUGCACUGAGCGUGUGUGGCUGUCGCUACAAAGGGGACCGUACAUAUGGCGUCAUCGUCAUCAACCGCGUGCAUCAGGAGGGUGUCGGAGCAAGAAGUUCAUGCAGCCUGGCUGCUACAGGCGGGUUUGGCAAGCGAAGAAGAAACGUUGCCCGAGGGAGCACUGCAGAUUAGGCAAAAAGUAGCCCCAGACUUAUUCUGGGGCUACUUUGAAAACGGUCGUUUGAUUGGUUUUGUUAGUGGUGGUAAGACUUCUAGGAGUAAAAUGGCGGUCGAUGCCAAGUUUGUCCACGACCCUGACGGCUGCACGGUUUGUUUACAUACACUACGUGUCCAACCAGAUUACCAAGGGAAGGGUAUUGAAACUAUUCUUAUUGAUCAUCUCUUGUGGUACGUUGAAGAAAACCUGAAGGGUGUUAAUAAGGUCAACCUUAUUUGUCAUGAUAAGCUGGUGCAAUUUUACGAAGGGCUGCACUUCCGGUGUCUGGGACCUUCAGACGUCAGACUGGGUUCCAAACAGUGGUUUGACAUGGAGUAUGAGGUGACACAUGAGAGCACAGGCUUCGCAUAAUUACUGUCACAAGGCCCUGCGCGUGCACGCAUCGUCUAGCCGUCUGUUCGUCUUCUCACAAGUAGAAGCAUUCCUCUGGACACAGGUGAUCCUUCUUUUUAAAUUGUCCCUCCGCAUUUCUCUAAGCCUGGACGGUCAGGUGUACUUCUAGUCCCUUGUUGCUCCACUCGUUGGGAGAGAAUGUCUACCUGAGCCAGAAAAAAACACGCGAAAUAUUUGCGGUUUUUUUUAAUGAUGAGCCAUGAAUGUUCUCUCUUGUGAAGUACUUUCAUCGUUUGUCUUGUGAUUUGAUUUGAUUUGAUUUGAACUGAUUUGAUUUAUUUGAUUUGAUUUGACUUGACGUAUCUUAAUAUUAUAUCAAGGAAAAUAUGAUAAGAUGGUAAUCGAACGAUUCGAUGCAUUUUUUGUUGGGGAGGCGAGUUGAUGAGAUACAGUAUAAUGCAUAGAGACCCGCGUCAGUGUACACAAUUUUCUGUUAUGUUCUUCAGUUUGGCAUUUCCGAGUUGAUGUAUAAUUAUACUUCAUGUAUUUUAGAGAUUUAUUCAGUUUGUUGAUUCCUACCGAUCUUGUUCAUUUGUAGUAGCUACAUGGUGAAGCGUCGCAUGGUUUCAAAGGUCGAUCUUAGAUCGCGGAAACAGACCUUUUGCAGUAAUUGUUGGGUGGGGGCGCUACACAUUACCAGAGCUGUACGGGAACUGCUCCUUGAAAGCAUUAUUCAGGGGGUUUCUGCUUCUUCCUAUAAUGUUGCCUCAACAUGUAUAUCACUUGUAUCAUGUCGAGGAGCAAUGUCGAAAUUGAGGCAGUCGUAUACGUGUACAUACCCUAUUGCUUUGGUAACAGGAUUUUAGCUGCUAGAACAGUUACAGCUUCGAUGACUCGUAUAUAAAAAUAUAAUUUUGCCACCAGAUAAUUGCAGAUAUUGUAUUCUGAGUAUUUAGCACGUAUUGAUUUGUACAAUGAAGUUGCCAUUGUUGUACAUUUAAUGUAUAAUGGAUAUAUUCAGCAGUCCCAGCUCCCAGCCGGUGGGGUCUCGACUCGUUGUUAAGUUGAUUGUCGUCCUUUUGGACUCCUGAUACGUGGACUCCUUCAGCAGAGAGCAUAUGAGCAAAUGAACUACUUCACCGCUCUGAAAAUUCAUUGGAUUUUCCAGGAUUAUGACUUUUCGAGAGAACUGUAUGUGAAGCAAAACUUGUUGAGUUUGUCAAGGCUGCAUAAUCUGCCAAGGACGGGGAAAAAUCAAUCGAAUUUUAUCUAAAUUGUAGUGUGGAAUAUUCUCCAAAUGGGUGGCUGCUAGUUUUUAGCUGCUGGUCACUAUAACUUAGUACUGAACUUUCUACUUAUUUAACUAAACAGAAUCAAUUGUAAGAUGCUCAUGGAACUCCUUAUUAUCUCGAUUGUGCAAUUACAUUGUGUAUAGGUUUAUAUGUGAUUUUUGUCUUUACAUAGUUUAUGUUAAGUGCCUUUGCGUUGUUGCAAGUUUGAUCGCGUUUAUUGAGUCGUUUUGUGAUUGUUUCAAACUGCAUUUUAUUGUUUUAAUGGUGAGGAAAUGAAAUUUUCUUAAGGGUGCAUGAAAUAAACUAAAUUCCAGGGAGCUGCUUUGCAGCUGUAGAUAAA